ACCAAAGCUUGACGUACGAUGGUAAAAAAAAGCGAUCUUUAUUUUCUUCUUCCAGAAACCCGGCAUGAGUUUUUCCCGGGUCCGUUUGUUAUACUGAGAUUGAGUUGUGUCCUUUUUUCCAGGUUUUAUGCAGUGGAUGGACCAAUCGUCAAAGGCGAUGCCCAGCUUCGAUCCAGUAGAAAAAACAAGAAAUGGGUAGCCUUCUCAAAGCGCGAUUCAGAAGCACUUGAACGUGCUCUUCAGGUAUAACUUUAAGGAAAAGAGAAAAAGAAGAGUUUUUUUCUAAAAAGUAGAUAUCUGCACACACACAUACACGUAUACACAGAGUGACGAUACGUCAGUAGCAGUACCUGUCAACGAAGACCAUUUGUUUGAGGUCAAAGUAUUUUAUCGCACGCUGUCGCCAAUUUACUGGGAAGGACCUGUGUAUCCUGUACGACGAGCGACGUGGUUUAUGCAAUACGAAGGAUCGAAAUGGGUGCCGUGUGAAGAAGUUCUGGCGCAGCAGAUUGAGGCUGGAUAUCGUAAACACAAGCCCUAUGUGAACCCAGAAGCAGCUUUAAGUGCGGCAGAACUUCGGCAAUCCAAACGGCAGUCGUUCCCGGUAGCCAAAAAGGAGGAAAGCGAUGGUGUAUCUAGCACAACGAUCGAGGAAAAGAAAUUGGAGAUGGCGUUAGCAAAGAGGCCAGUGGAGCGCCAAUGGAACUUGCUGGGUCCCUAUCUUGGACAGUAUGUGGCAUAUACUGGAACAGAUACCGCUUGGUUGCUGUCAAAUAGCACAAGUAGCAAGUUGGCCAAAAGCAUCAUUACACGACUCACCAACAAGCAGAAUCUGGGCGGAACACGAUUGGUUCGAGGCUAUCGUGCAGUGGAUGAACAGUUGCGAGGAAUUAAGAAAGGGAAGCCCACAGCGACAGCGACAGCAACGAAGACUCAAGCCGCCACAGAGAACGACAGCGAAGCCCAGGAUGAUGCAAUAUAUUUGGAUACAUCGACUAGUGAAAGUGACAACGAGGAAGAGCUCAAAGCUACCGAGGAUGACGGUGAUGGAGAACGUCGAAUCGAUCAUCUGGUGUUUGUUGUCCCUGGAGUAGGGCAGAAGUUCUCCGGACAAAGUGUAGUGGAUGACGUCAAUGACCUGCGUAAAUCAAUGAAAUUAGUAUACCCCACAGCAAUUGCAUCUGACCGUUCAAACGGUAUUCAAGUGCUUCCGAUACCAUGGCGACAAGGUGUGAGAUUUGGCUUAUCGGUGAAGGAUCAGAUAACUAGCGGAGCCGAGGCUGACCUUGGAAUGCCGGACGGAGAUGAUGGAUGCCCCACACUGGAUGAAUUGACCGUAGACAGCGUACCCAAUAUACGAAAUAUGGUAUCCGAUGUCAUAAUGGAUGUGCCCUUGUAUUUGACUCCAAAGUAUCGCGAGCAAAUGACCAUCACACUAUGCAAGUUGGUAAAUCGGAUUUAUCUACGUUUUGUCAGCCGACACCCAGAUUUUUUGGAGCGUAACGGUCAAGUUUCCAUAGUGGGCCAUUCCUUGGGUGCAUUAAUCGCGUUUGACAUGCUGUCAAUGCAACCUGCAAACACCUCACCAGCGGACUUGAAAAACCAAGUUUUGGCUGCAUUAGAGCAAGACAGGAAGUCUACUACUAGUAACAAUAAUAACAAUAGUAGUAGUAGUAGUAGCGUAUCAUCAACCUCACUGUUGUUCAACACGCAAAACUUCUUUAGCCUUGGAUCUCCCGCUGGCGUCAUGAUGUUGUUAAAAGGCUAUCGCAUUGCAUCACGAAAAAAUAUUCCAAAUACAGCGCAGUUUCCAAGUCGUGGACCUGUCCAAUUCUGCUACCCAGCAGUUGAAAAUUUGUAUAAUAUCUUUCACAAGUCUGAUCCAGUAGCUUAUAGACUAGAGCCAUUGAUAUCAAGACAAUACGGAACAAACUUGAAACCGGAGCCUAUACCACGCAUGAAAGAACUGAUCAAAAGACAAUACCAAGCAGCAAACAAGUCGGGAAGCGGCAAGAACAUUACGAACCGAGCAGGUGCCAUGUACGAGUCAAUAAAGUAUGGAUUGACGGCCAACCUGGUGAUGCGCGGGCUGGGUCUUUCUCGACAGCAAAUGUACGACGACAUGACGUUGGCAAACAACAGCGAUGAUGAAAAUGAUAGCCAGGGUGAUGCUGACGAUGCAGCGCUUAGCGCCAGUACAACUGCUACAGCAACAACGGAUUGGUUAUCACCUGAACGGCAAUAUACACAUGCACGAUCUAGUAGCGAUUCAGCUGUUCAUGCAACCAGUAGUUUCUGGGCUAGCAGGAUGGAGCGACAGUCAGGCAGCGGUGCGCGACGGUCUCCUCCGGCGCCAUUGAACGUUUACUCAGAAGGUGCACGGCGUGUGCGUAUGCUGAACAGUACAGGCCGUGUCGACUAUUGUCUACAAGAAAACAACCUUGAGAAUCCAUACUGGAGUGCACUUAGCACACAUCUUCAGUAUUGGAAGGAUCUAGAUGUGGCGGCUUUUCUCACAAAAGAGAUUUAUAGAGAAGAAGACUAAAAAAAGAACCAUUUUUUUUUUUAAAAAAAAUAUUUAUAUAUAUUAUGUACAUUUUUUUUUCUCACAUUGGCAAAAAAAAAGAAAAGAAACAAAACCAAGAAAAAGAGUUAUCAGUACUAGUAAGUCGUAAAGGAGAAAAAGGCGCGGGGUGGGCGGGGGGGGGGGGGCGCAAAGAAAAGCAAAGUCCAA